AUCAUUACUGAUGUGCAGUGAAGAGCACAGCACUCUGACACACUUAGUUAUGGCAUUCAAGGGCCAUUUCCUUCUUCCCAUUCUUCCUUUUCUCAUCGUUUUCUCAUUCACAGUCACAGAUUCACUUCCAUUUUCGCCUCUUCUUGAUGCCACUGCUUCGCUCAACCGUAGCAGUUUCCCUCAUGGCUUCAUCUUUGGGGCAGGAUCCUCAGCCUAUCAGUUCGAAGGUGCUGCAAAUGAAGGUGGUAGAGGACCAAGUAUAUGGGAUACCUUUACCCAUAAUCAUCCAGAAAAGGUAAGGGAUGGAACCACUGGAGACGUGGCCGUUGAUCAAUAUCACCACUACAAGGAAGAUGUUGGGAUUAUGAAGGAUAUGAAUUUUGAUUCAUACAGAUUCUCAAUCUCUUGGCCUAGAAUAUUGCCAAAAGGAAAGCUAAGUGGGGGUAUCAAUCAAGAAGGAAUCAAGUAUUACAACAACCUCAUCAACGAGCUAUUAGCUAAUGGUAUACAACCAUUUGUGACUCUUUUUCAUUGGGACCUUCCUCAAGCUUUGGACGAUGAAUAUGGUGGUUUCUUAAGUUCUCGUGUAGUAGAUGAUUUUCGAGACUAUGUGGAUAUCUGCUUCAAGGAAUUUGGAGAUAGGGUGAAGCUUUGGGUUACUUUGAAUGAGCCAUGGUUAUUCAGCCAAGGUGGCUAUGCAGUGGGGAAUACAGCACCGGGUCGAUGUUCCGAUCCACAAUGCCUUGGUGGUAAUUCUGGGACAGAACCUUAUAUCGUUGCACACAAUCAACUUCUUGCUCAUGCAGAAGCUGUUCAUGUUUAUAAGACUAAAUAUCAGGCACAACAGAAGGGAAAGAUAGGAAUAACAUUAGUAAGUAACUGGUACAUGCCACUCGCAGAGAACAGCACAUCCGAUGAAAAGGCUGCCAAACGGGCGCUUGACUUUCAGUAUGGAUGGUUUAUGGAACCAUUAACAACAGGGGACUAUUCUACAAACAUGCGAGCCCUGGUGGGAAGUCGAUUGCCCAAGUUCUCUAAAUGGCAAGCCACGCAAGUGAAUGGUUCAUAUGAUUUUAUUGGCAUAAACUAUUACUCCUCUAAUUAUGUUAAUGGUUUACCUCGCCAAAGCAACGCCAGACCCAGUUACAUGACAGAUUCUCUCACCAAUACUUCAUAUGAACGCAAUGGGAGACCCUUAGGUCUAAGGGCUGCUUCAACUUGGAUGUACUUUUGGCCAAGGGGACUUCGCGACCUUUUGAUAUAUACAAAACACAAAUACAACAAUCCUGUGAUUUACAUCACUGAAAAUGGUAUGAAUGAAUUCAAUGAUCCAACCCUUUCCGUGGAAGAAGCUCUUAUGGAUAUUUACAGAAUUGAUUACUACUAUCGCCAUUUCUAUUAUCUUCGAGAAGCAAUUAAGGCUGGCGUGAACGUGAGGGGAUAUUUUGCAUGGUCAUUUUUGGACGAUUAUGAAUUUUUUGCUGGCUACACUGUUCGCUUUGGAUUGAACUACAUAGAUUACAAGGAUGGGUUGAAAAGGUAUCCCAAGCUUUCUGCUCUAUGGUACAAGAACUUUCUCAAAAGGAAUUAG